AUGGCAACUUCAGUGAUGCAUUACUUCGGCUUCGGCAACAAUGCUCCCCCUUCUGCAAAGGAGCAAGUUAAAGAUACACCAGUGCGAGCCUUGCCGGCAUCAUGGUACACUUCUCCAGAUAUGUACGAAUUGGAGCGUCGGGCUAUAUUCUCCAAGAGAUGGCUCUUCAUCACCCACAGCGUUCGCGUCAAGAACACGGGUGACUGGCUCCGCUAUGAGAUUGCGGGUUUCGAUUUUAUCAUCACUCGUGACCGACAAGGCGAGAUCAACGCGUUCCACAAUGUAUGCAGACAUCGUGCGUACCCGGUUAUCGAGCAGGAGGGUUCCGGAAAUUCCAAAAUCAUCUCCUGUCGAUACCACGGCUGGUCAUAUGGGCUCAACGGCAAGCUCGCGAAAGCGCCUGGGUACCAAGAGCUGGAUGGAUUUGACAAGAAUCAAAAUAAUCUCUUCAGAAUCCACGUCAAGGUCGACGUGAAUGGUUUUAUUUGGGUCAACUUGGAUGCAAAGGAAGAACCAGAAGUAUCGUGGGAGGAGCACUUUGAAAAUGUUGACAAGCAAGAUCGGUACAAAGCCUACAAUUUUGACGACUACGAUCUUGAUCAUGCUUACGAGCUCGAGGGUCACUACAACUGGAAGAUUCUGGCCGAUAACUUCAAUGAAUGUUACCACUGUCCGACAACCCAUGCCGAUAUCCCUGAGUUCCUCAAUCUCGAUUCUUUCGACAGUGACACCAAAGAUGGCCACAUUCAGCACCAUUGCGUCUCUACACCAGAGCAGAUUGCAAGAGGUCUCUACACAGCGAGCACAUAUUACUUCCCCAUUUCGGCCAUGGUUGUCUCUCCCCACUUUAUCAUGGUACAGAAAUUCCUUCCAAAGGGCCCAGACACCUCCCAAAUGGCCUACGAGGUCUACCGGAACAAGAACUCUUCCGAUGAAGACUUCAAGCUCAUCAGUGAAAUGUACGCACGCGUCAUGAGAGAAGACAAGGUUCUCUGCACAAACGCACAAAAUAACAUCGACCGAAAUGUUUUCACAAACGGUCAACUUCAUCCCAAAUACGAGAAAGCCCCUCUGUUCUUCCAAAGCACAGUUCGGGACGUUGUCACGGAGCAUUUCGACCGUGAGAAAGCCAAGGGACGAGAGGUCUGGCCUGCGAAGCCGAAGGUAUCCUGUGACGCGAAGGUCAGUGACAAGGAUGAGGCACUUUGUGCGUCCCUCGCUUGUGGGGCUCAGAAAGAGCUUCUGGCUUGGUGA